GGCAGAGCAGGGAACCAGAGGCAGAGCUAGGAGACAGUGUUGCAAUAUUACAAGACAGCUUGUUUCCCACUAGACAUCAAUGUUGGUAUUCGUUGCCAUGGACUGAUCAACCCCAUCAAGCUGAGUGAAAGGGUGCAACAAUCUUUACGCGUGCAAAGAUGUUCGGUCGAUCCAGGAGUUGGGUUGGACAGGGGAAGGCCAAAAACAUCCAUUCACUUGACCAUUUGAAGUACAUGUACCAUGUCCUUACAAAGAACACAACAGUGACGGAUCACAACAGAAAUCUUUUAGUAGAAACCAUUCGCUCCAUCACAGAGAUCCUUAUUUGGGGUGAUCAAAAUGACAGCUCAGUGUUUGAUUUCUUUUUGGAGAAGAAUAUGUUUGCCUUCUUUCUCAACAUCUUGCGUCAGAAGUCUGGACGAUAUGUCUGUGUGCAACUUCUACAGACACUCAACAUACUUUUUGAAAACAUAAGUCACGAGACAUCCCUUUAUUACUUGCUCUCCAAUAACCAUGUCAAUUCAAUAAUUGUCCACAAGUUUGACUUCUCUGAUGAGGAGAUCAUGGCCUAUUACAUCUCCUUCUUGAAGACUUUGUCCCUGAAGCUAAACAAUCACACAGUGCAUUUUUUCUACAAUGAGCACACUAAUGAUUUUGCCCUGUACACGGAGGCCAUUAAGUUUUUCAACCACCCAGAGAGCAUGGUCAGGAUCGCAGUCCGUACUAUCACUCUCAAUGUGUACAAAGUGUCAUUGGACAACCAGCACAUGCUUCAUUAUAUUCGAGACAAGACCGCCGUGCCGUACUUCUCGAACCUAGUGUGGUUCAUUGGGAGUCACGUCAUCGAGUUGGACAAGUGUGUACAGACAGAUGAAGAGCACAAAAACCGAGGGAAGCUGAGUGACCUGGUUGCUGAACAUCUGGACCACUUGCAUUACCUGAAUGACAUCCUCAUCAUCAACUGCGAGUUCCUCAACGACGUUCUCACCGACCACCUGCUCAACCGCCUCUUCCUCCCCCUCUACGUCUACUCCCUAGUUGGCCAGGAACAGUCUGAAGAUCGGAAAAUAACGCCCCAGGUGUCUCUCUACCUGCUAUCCCAGGUGUUCCUCAUCAUCCACUACCAACCUCUGGUGAACGCACUGGCCGACGUCAUUCUCAAUGGUGACCUCUCGGUGUUCUCCUCUCAAGCCGAGCACAAUGCACACAAAACCUUGGCUAACCCGGCUGUGCGGCGCUUCGCCAAGCCGUCUGAGAGCCUGGAGCGCUCCCUGGAGAUGAGCCGGCAAAAGGGGCGCAAGCGAACGCAAAAAAGGCCCAACUACAAGAACGUUGGUGAGGAAGAGGAAGAGGAGCGCGGUGGAGGGGCGGAGGAAGGCCCUGCCGAGGAAAAGGCUAAAGGUACAGAGGCUAGUUCAAAGGGCAGCAGGACGAUUGGGGACACGGAAGAGAUUGAGAUGGUGGUGAUGGAGAAGUGUAAGAUCUCUGACGUGUCCACACUGACGGAACAGAACAUCACAGAUGAGGAGAAGAGCGCUGCCCGCGCAGAGGGCCAGCAGAGCAGACCGUUCCUGGACAUGGUGUACAACGCACUCGACUGCACCGAAGAUGACUACCAUGCCCUCUUUGUGCUCUGCCUGCUGUAUGCCAUGUCGCACAGCAAAGGUAUCAAUCCUGCCCUGCUGGAGAAGAUCCAGCUCCCAGCGCCUGACCAAGACCGGACCUCCUACAGCCAGGUCCUAGUGGAGAGGCUCAUACGGGUCAUGAAUCAGGCAGCUCAACCAGAUGGAAAGAUCCGGUUGGCCACUCUGGAGCUAGGCUGUUUGCUCUUGAAACAGUCUGUGUUGUCUGGAAGUCAGUGUAUCAUCAAGGAUGUCCAUUUGGCCUGCCUUGAGGGAGCAAGGGAGGAGAGCCUGCAUCUCCUUCGCAGAUUUUACAAGGGAGAAGAGAUCUUCCUCGACAUGUUUGAGGACGAAUACAGAAGCAUGACUGUAAGCAUCCCAACAGCCAUCCGUGUGUUCUUCAUGCUGCGUUCGCUCUCACUGCAGCUACAGACUGAGCCCGAGACCCAGCUGCCUCUCACUCGCCCAGAGGACCUCAUCAAGACCGACGACGUGCUUGACCUCAAUAACAGCGAUCUGAUUGCCUGUAUGGUGGUGAGCAAGGAUGGCGUUCAGGCCCAGCGCUUUCUGGCUGUGGACAUCUACCAGAUGAGCCUGGUGGAGCCCGAAACAAAGCGUCUAGGCUGGGGUGUUGUCAAAUUCGCCGGCCUGCUGCAGGACAUGCAGGUGUCGGGGGUGGAGGACGACAGCCGGGCCUUGAACAUCAUCAUCCACAAGCCUACGUCCAACCCACACGCCAAGCCCAUGCCAAUCCUGCAGGCCAACUUCAUCUUCGCCGACCACAUCCGCUGCAUCAUCGCCAAGCAGCGGCUAGCCAAGGGCCGCAUCCAGGCUCGCAGGAUGAAGAUGCAGAGGAUAGCUGCUCUGCUGGACCUUCCAGUGCAGCCUUCCUCGGAGGUUCUGGGUUUUGGUCAGUCAGCAGCUGCGUCCUCCCAGUUGCCCUUCCGCUUCUAUGACCAGUCUCGCCGUGGCCCCGCCGACUCUAAUGCUCAGCGCUCCGUCUUCGACAAGGUCCCAGGUUUUGCGGUGGCCCACUCUGCAUCUCAGCACAGUCCCUCCCCUCUUCCCCCCCCCUCCAGCAGCAGCGGCAGCACUGGCCAGUGCGACUCAGUCACCACCAGCACCCCCUCCACAGUCAGGUCUGGCAGGGGAAGCCGGAGGUGCGUGUUUGGUCCGUCAGAGGACGGCAGUGGCGGUGGACAAUGGACAGAUGAGGCAGCAUUGGCCGAGCGCACGCCUCCACCCUCCUCCUGUGUGGGCGAGGGGGGGGGGGGGGGCGAGUGCGCAGAGCUGGCGCUGGCACAGACGUUGACGGCCACUGCCCCUCUGCCUGCUCCCAUUCCAGCCUUGGCCCUGGCCCCUAGCCUGACGCCAGCCGCCCAGCCCACCAUCUCGCUGCUGUCCGACCCCAACACCGACGCCCUGAGCGCGGACUCGCUCACGCUGCUGCCCCCUGCCGACCCCCCGCGCCUCCGCAACUUCAGCACGCAGGGUGACGCGCCGCUUAUGAUGCCCACGGUGCCACUGCCCGACCCGUCCGAGGAGGAUCCAGAGCCACAAACGGAGGAGGAGGAAGAGGAGGAGGAAGAGGAGGCCUCAGCGCAGGAUGCGGCGGAUGAGGAUUCAGCCGAAUCCGGUCAGCUGGAGCUGGAAGGGAGUCCAACCUUGGGCACGAAUCCCGAGGAGUCCACUCCUCAGGCUCAAGGUCAGAGUUUAGAGACGGUCCCCGAGGCCGAGGCCGACCAGGAGCAGAGCGAAGGCCCCGACCCUGAGUCAACAGAAGCAGAGACGGCAGCAGACGGAGCCGGCGAUGAGCCAGAGUAGCCGCACACUCAGCCGGGACCUUGGACCAGGACGGGCUGCGAGACCAGAGACCAAACGGACGAACCCCACACACGCAGGUCUUCAAUUACACGAGCAAUCACACACACACACACACACACACACACACACACACACACACACACACACACGAGUGCUGCUUCGGACUCCCCUCUGUUGCAGUGAAACAUGUACACACAUGCAAUUAGAAGCUAGAAGCUCUGGUAACUCACCACAGCUCUGCUCUGUGAAAACACACACAUUUCUUCAGAAUGCAUUUCAGUACUGAAUGAAUGAGUUGUUCAGGGUGAGGCAUUAGUGUUGGUGUUUUUGUCCCUUGCAAAGCACAGCAGUUUUCAGUUUUAUCCAGUAUGGUGCUGUGCAUAUGUUUUUGUGUGAGUGAGUGACAGUGAGAGAGCCUAUUGCUUCAUUUGGUUUUAGUAUUCUUGGAAAGCACUCAUUGCGUUUGUACAUAGACGUUCUGUCAGAAAAUUCACAUAUUGUUUGUCAAAGUGUGUGUUUGUGUGUGUGUGUGUGUGUGUGUGUGUAUGUAUGUGUGUUUGUUAUUUUGUGUGUGUGUGAGAUUGUGAGAGAGUGAGUGUGAAAAUAAGGGAGUGUGUCCAUGCUUUUACAGUCUUAACACUGAAGAAUGUACUCUGACCCAGGGGGUCUGACCAGCGGUGCUCUCAGGAGGGACGAUGUCACCACCACACACCCCCCAACCCAUUCCCCAAACACACACACACACACACACACACACACACACACAUACAGGUCUCUGCUCUGGCCCUGCCCCGAUAUCUCAGCAGCGCUUAUGCUGGACACAGCUGUUCUAACUGCCCAUUCAUUCAGACGCUCACAGACUCUUCACACCUCUCCAACACGCAACUGUUGUAACACACAGGGAUUCCACAGGAUUGACACAUUAGUGCAGUUCAUCAUCACGUAGGUCUCCCACCAGACAUGGGCUUACCCCUUUGCUUUUGCUGCAGCUAGUGAAACACCAAUCUAGCGUAGUGUUUAGAAUGCAUUUUUUGUUUCCUUAGGGCACUGUGCUCUGUGUCUAAUGGCAUUUUUGUACUUGUUGAAUUUGAGAAAAGCAUAUAUGAUUUCACUCCAGUGCAAAGCUGUCUGUCUCUCAUCCUCUUUUAAAUUGCUCACACUUUAAAAAUGUAUUAAAAAGUUUUGAAAAGGAAGAGGUUGAAUUGCUAAAAAUGAUUCUGUGAGGCAAAUUGAGAAGCCGUCCUAUUGUAUUUUAAAUAUGCCUAAACAAACAUAUACACAUGCAUAUACACUUAACAGUUACAUCUGAAGACACACUGAAGAAAAAAAAUCGUAUGUGUAAAAGUCUUGUGCAGUGUCUUUAAAUGUAAGUUAUUUGAGGCAUUAGACACACAUUUGGAAUACCCACUGGACAGCCAGCAUUACCAAACCGGUUGCAUCCUGUUUUCGGAAGCUUAAAGAGGUGUAUAUUUUCUUAGCAAAGGUGUAUAUCUGUCAUACGCCUUAAGAAAAGAUGAUAAAGUGAUGUGUAAAAAAAUAAAUAAAAACAGAAUUAUCUAAAUGCUUGUGCUGGCCACAUAACAUGGAACACAUUCUCCCUGUAAACGUCAUGUUUAGUUGCAGUGAUUUAAAGCCCCCCUCCCCCUUUGGGAGUACAUAUGACUUUGUGUGCAUUCUGUCCUAGAUUGCUACAAAUGUCCCAGGGUAGUGUUACAUACAGUACACACACACAGUUUGUUUUUGUUUUUGAAGGGGGGGAAAUGGACACAAUUUUGAAGCAAUACUGUUAUUACCUGUGCUCAUAUACUGAACGACAGUCUCUCCAUACUGUGGUUUACUGUACAUAUGUUUGUGAAGAAGAAACUAAGUACAAUAUAAUUAUACUUACAGUAUAAUUUGUGGUUUUGAAUGUUUGUAUGCUGUAUAAAUGCCACCUGCUUUUAAUCUGCUUCUGUAAUGAACAUACCGGCAGAAAUUACUAAGAAAUUGCAAUAAAUUAUUCUACUUA